UACACACUCUUUGAUUCUAUCUCUCUUGUUCACUCGUUCUUUGAAGGCACAAAAGCAUCUUUAGACACACAGCCACAGGUUAUUGAAACAACUCUCAUAGAAACUCACUCCUUUGACUACAGGGAUGAGGUGAGGAGUGGCCAAGUGGUGAGAGGAGUUGGGGCUAUAAAAGAGCAUUUUGAGGUGCUUGGGUACAAGCCAACUGAUUCGCUUAAACUACACCACGGCCUGCAGCCUGCUCCUGUGUGCACCGGAGGACUAAAGACAAGAAAAGGCAGCAUGGAUGUAAGUACCUCAUCAAAUUCUCAUACCUCUACACUGCAUUCUGACGCUCUGUGUGGCAGCUGCCCGUCCUCUGGUUCUGCCCCACAGGCUAACAGCCUUUGGCCCAGCCUGCCGCAGUCUGGAGCUGGGUUCCCUGCAUGGCCAGGACAGCCCACCCAGCCUGCACCAUGCUGGACUGGCCAGCCAAACACACCCUGCUGGCCUGGGACACAACCAGCUCCAUUCUCUUUCCCUGCACCAAUUUCAGUUCCAGCCCCGGCUCAAGCCAUAACACCAACCCCUGCACCUACCACAACCAUAGUCCCAGCUCAAGCUCCAGCUCAAGUUCCAGCUCCGGCUCCGGCUCCAGUGCAGCCCUGCCAACCUUGCUGGCCAGGCCCCCAGUACCAGCCUCCCCAGCAACCAGCUCCAGUUCAAGCUCUAGUCCCUGCUCAAGUUCCAGCUCCUACUCCAGUCCCAGUCCCAGCACCUGCUCCUGCUACCGGCAUCCAUCCAAAUGUACCAGGUUGGCCUGCCCACCCUGGUUGGCCUUAUAACCCAGGACAGUCAGGAUGGCCUGGACAGAGUCCAUCUAUCAUGCCUCCACACUGGCUUCCACCCACAUCUGGACCUCUCAGCGUCCCAUACAACUUGAACCUGGCCCGAGGAGUCUAUGACAAGAUGAUGAUGACCAUCUUGGGCCAUGUCAAACCUAAUGCUAAAAUGUUCACAGUGAACUUUCUGAGAGGCAACGACAUUGCCUUUCACAUCAACCCCCGCUUCAGUGAGGGGGGCAAACAAGUGCUGGUCCGUAACCACAAACUGGGUGAGCGCUGGGGCUCAGAGGAGAGGGACCUGAAGGGACCCUUCCCCUUCGCUCUUGGGAGCCCAUUUGAAAUGAAGAUCCUGUGCACGCGUGAGGCGUUCAGGGUGGCAGUGAACAACAUCCCGCUGUUUGAGUUCCGACACCGCGUCAGAGAGCUCAACCAGAUUGACAGAAUCAACAUCCUGCAUGACGUCGUCCUCACCUACGUCAAUGUGGAGACACUUCCUUAGAACGAACACUAUUAAUCAUACAGUACAUGAAUCAACACAUCAACAAUGCAGACAUCCAUGAGUGUGUAAAUGCAUAUGAGCAGAAAUGCGUACAAAGACAUAUUGAAAUUUCCAUAGAUACACACACAUAUAUAGGCUACAACUUGCAGGAAUCCAAUUUAUUUAUCAUGAUGCUUAAAGAUCAAACAAAUAAGUGUGAUUGUAUGUGAUGUAAUAUUAAUAAUGACAUGAGCUGAGCUCAUUUUAUAACAUGUUACAAUAAGCUCAAACUCCUUCCUCUACCACAUAGCUAAACAUUUAAUACAAAGCUUUCUUUCUCAGUAUGACGAUGCUACUGCUACUGUAUUUAUUGUGUACAAUAUUUUCUACAUUAUUAAAUUGCUACUAACUGGGAAUUAUACAUGUACCUAUAUUGCCAUAAAACAAUGAUGAAGUCUAUUAGAUGGCCAUUAGGGUUUCUUGAAUAAAAUUAUCAGUCAGAAAUCUGG